AUGCAAAAUCCGAAGAUUCCACCGUUUUCCGAACCAAAGAGAAAGAAGAAUCCUACUCCGAAACAAUCACUGACCCAAUUGCCACCGCGAAUCGGGAAAAAGUCUUCAACGAAGACCAAAUCGGAGCAGGUUUACGCGAUCUCCCAUCAUCAACCAGAGAUGUGUAAUUCAGAUUCAUCUUCGGGAAACGAGUACAGAGUACUGAGGCGCGAGUAUUUGCUGCUGGAGGAAGACAGCUUCGCAUUGGAGAAAGAAUUGAAAGAAGUGGAAGACGAUGUCAAAGCACUUGAAAAUGAGAAAGUUGAGCUCUUGGACAAACUCGUUGUAAUGGAAGGUUUAGUUGAUCCUUGA